CGAAUUUUAUGGGCGUGGUCCACAAGGCCCCAGGCGGCAUCAGUGGAGCAGUUUGGCCGAUUGUCAGCUGACUUAACUGACGUUGCACGUCAGCUUUGUGCCAUGAGAAAAACAAACAUUUCCCUGUAGAAAACAAGUCGAGUUCUGAGGCACCCGCAGAGAAACCGCAAUGGGGGCCCUCAAUCAGGACGUAGAUAUUCAAAACUUUUUCAUAUUUAAUUCGCAGUUGUGUCCUAAGGAGGGCGAGGAACUGAAGAAGAUUGUGUACUAUUACCCGCCCAGUGAUAACACGGAGGUGCAGGUGGAAAAUGUGGGGUUGGUAGAAGGCAUAAUCCAAUUCACCCAGACUUUUAAUCCAGACUCGCCAGUCAAAUCUCUGCAUACGGGCAAGCAACGGCAGUUGUUUCUUCAGCCAGAGCGCGAUUUCUGGAUUGUCCUGACCAUCGCCUUGCCAGUGGUCACUAAAGUGAAGGAAAACACCAGUUUCAUCGAGUAUCUGGAGGAGGAUGUGCAGGACAAUGUGUACGAAUCCGUGCUGAGGCAGCUUUAUGACAUGUACCGAUUGUUUUGGGGCACUUUCCAGCACACGUUAGAGCAGAGCGACUUGGGCACGUUGAUGACGAAAAUCGAAAAGUUCUACAACGCAUAUUUGAAAACUUUAAGGAUGGCCCACAUGGAUAUUUUAACUGUCUUCAAAGGCAUUCAGUACCUGCCCUUGGACAGACACACAUUUUUGAAAAUUCAGUGCUUCGUCAACGACGUCGAGUCUAAUAUGGAGUAUAUUGCUCACACGACUUUCCUGUACAACGAGCACGUUGUCUGGAGCGGCAUCGAGCCGAACGACAUGCAAACCAUCUACCAGUAUCUAAUCGAUCAACUGUUACCAGCCAAUGUGGAGGCGGAGCUUCAAGGGGGCUCAAUGCCCAGGAACUUGCAGUCACCUUUUACGGCUUUGAGGCGCGGCCGCUUCAUCACGGGGCCCUCAAACCUGAAACAGGCCAAAACUGUGGGCAAAGUGCCCAAAAUCUACCUGUUCAACGAGGACGGCGUGUUGGAGUAUUACUUAGUGGUUUAUAGAGCGCUCAGUGCCACUGUUUGCUUUUUUGUUAAAGGUAAAACCGAAUUAACAUUGGAUCAAUUCAAGGCCCUGGAUGAGCACAUAAACCCGCGAUUGUCGCCUAUAGUGAACAGCAUUGCAGACUAUUGUUCAAAGCAGGUGGUUUCGCCGUCAAACAUUCAGGAAAGUUCGCCCAAGUUUAUCUACUUCAAUAAGCUGAAUUUGGCCUGUAAAAGCACGGUUCAUUUGGACAACAAACAUACGGGGAAUGUGGCUUGUAGUGCGGACUCGUUGCGGAUAAUGGCAGACAUGAAGAAUACGAGCCAUUUCCUCGGCCCCUCGGGCGAGAACAUCGUGAAAACCACCAAUGAUUACUGGGUGUUUAGUAAAACGUCGAACCUACGGGAGUUUUACAUUGUGCUGCAACAGAAGAGCGCCAGCCUAAUUUCCAUCAGCGAGGAGGUGAAACGACUGUGCGAAAGCGAGCUAGAAGGCAUCUUUUUCCACCCCAUGUGACCCUGGGUGUUCAUCCACCAUUCCAAUAGGAUACCUAUUUGCAGUUUAAAUUCCGGUCGUCAUC